AUGGCUGUUGCUCGCUUCCGCAUAACUUGCGCGCACGCGCUGAUAGACUCCCGAGACACACAUACGAAAGGCGUGAAUGUGCACAGUGCUUGUCGACUUUGGGUUGUAUCGCUGAACGGAUCUGUCAGGGCAGGGCAGGGCAGAUGUUGGAACAUGAUUCGACCGUCAAGGAAGUCACGGCCCUCAGAUCUGGACCAUUUUGAGAUUGACAAUGCGCUCAUUAGACCCGUAUCCAUAUGUGAGAUUGAUGGAGCAGCGGGUGCGGAGCAUACAUGCUUAUUUCGAACGGGCUUGGAUACUGGUCAACAGGGGGACGCUCAGAUCAAGAUGCAGUAG